GCAGCGGCAGCGACCAUAGGAGCCGUGAUGGUGACCCUGGCGCAGCUGGUGACUAUCGCGCAGCUGGUGACCAUCGCUCAGCUGUCGACGGCGCAGUCCAUCCAGAUAUCCCCGUCCAUCAAAAAUGGCGGCGUGACUUUCCCGCUCUUCUCGCCCUCCGUGCUCUACGACCAGAGGAUGGCUGAGUCGUCAGCCUCUCAGGCCGUGGUCCUGCCCGCCCCUCACCAGGACCGACGGCGCUCCUCCUACCGCUCCGCCGACACCGGCCAGGUGAGUGGCUCUCUUGUCUGCCCUCUCGUAUCUCCAGCUGACCUCCUCCCUCGCCACGCUCAUUUAGGGUCAGCGUGCUUCUGUAAGCUUCCUAAAGCUGUGCUUGAGCUGCUGAUCAAGAGAGUGUCCGACUACAGCGUCGUGUCCCCUGACUUCCACCCACUUGACUACGCGAACGACACCGCCAAGUUUGAUUAUGCUUCUGGGAAAACGUUCUUUGACACAGAUACAGAGCCCGAGACCUCCAGCUAUUCCUACCCGCCGAUGAACUACAAGAACCAGAGCGGUCGCUUCUUCACCUUUGGCUCCGGCGCCAAGACCCUGGACCUUGGUCUCAGCUUCAUUGUGCCCUUCGUAUCCAUCCCGACGUCGUCACUACUCAACAUCGGGGAGAACCUCGGGGCCACCACCAGCACCGCCCUCAGUUCCCUCAUGUCCAUCAACUGGGCCUCUAUCAUCUCCAUUGGUGCGCUGAUAUUAAUCGCCUCUCUCCUCCUGCCGCAGUUGGCCGCCUGGGUCUCCACCCUCAUCUCAGGCGGCACAGGCGGCUACUCCAACUCCUACGGCCGGAAUAUUGAGCGUGAUGGAGGCCUGCUGCCAGUGGCCCCCUUCACCUCUAUCCUCAGCCAGCUAGAUGAUGCCCUCGCUCAGUACGACCUCGACUCCACGUCGUGCAUGCAGCGCUCCGUCUGCACCUACGUCGCCGAGUCUGAGCUUAGUGUCAAGGAAGGUGACGCUGACUCCAUUGAGAUGAUUGUGUCAGGGCUGGCCAGGAGUUUGUGGCUGCAGACGCUGGUAGGGAAGACCUCUUUGACGGAGGCUAUGGAGAUGGGUCGCUCUGGUGCAAACUGCCAGGUCCAGUACCCAAAGUGCCCCUUCUCCCUCACCGGUGUCCUCAGGUUCCUCGCCACCUACGCCUCCCUCAAUAGUUGA